UUUGACUGACCCUAAAAACAAGAAGAAGAAAUAGUAAGGAAUCAGUAAUUAAUCCAAAAAAACUAUAGCUAUCGACAGCUAACGAUUAAAGGGAUUUAACGUUUUCACAACACACUGAGGCAAAAUGCCUCGUUUUGCACAGCUCGUGAUUGGCCCCGCGGGAAGCGGGAAGAGUACCUACUGCUCCACCAUGCUGCAGCAUCUAGGAUCCAUGAACCGCUCAGCUCAGGUGGUCAACCUGGACCCAGCAGCUGAGCACUUUGACUACCCUGUCAUGGCAGACAUCCGAGAGCUCAUCCAGGUGGAUGACGUGAUGGAGGACCCCUCUCUCAGAUUUGGCCCCAAUGGAGGACUGGUAUUCUGCAUGGAGUACUUCGCCAACAACUUUGACUGGCUGGGGGAAAGCCUGGGUCACGUAGAGGAUGACUACAUACUGUUCGACUGCCCAGGUCAGAUUGAACUGUACACACACCUCCCUGUAAUGAAGCAGCUUGUGGAGCAGCUCCAGCAGUGGGAGUUCCGGGUGUGCGGGGUCUUCCUGGUGGACUCCCAGUUCAUGGUGGAGACUUUUAAGUUCAUCUCAGGAGUCAUGGCUGCCCUGAGUGCCAUGGUGGUGUUAGAGAUCCCUCAAAUAAACAUCAUGACAAAAAUGGACCUGCUCAGUCCCAAGGCCAAGAAGGAGAUUGAAAAGUACCUGGACCCAGACAUGUACUCAAUGAUGGAAGAUACCUCAGAUAACAUCAGGAGCAAAAAGUUCAAAAAAUUGACCAAAGCCAUUUGUGGUCUGAUUGAUGAUUAUAGCAUGGUGAGAUUCAUGCCUUUUGACCGCACAGAUGAGGAGGGUAUGAACAUGGUACUGCAAAGCAUUGACUUCUCAAUACAGUAUGGAGAGGACCUGGAGUUCAAGGAGCCCAAGGAGGUUGAUGACGAGUCGGCUGACCUAAAUUAUGAUGAGAUUUUUCAAGGCAAAGGGGACACCUGAGGAUUAGUACAAAACCAAGAAUCAUGGAAAAAAAGAGACUAGAGUUGAACACAACAUUUGAGGCUGAAGACGAACCAGGAAUCACAAUAUCAAUUCCAGAUGAUAAUGACUGCAAGCAAAAUAAGAAAAAGGAUAUGGGCAGAAAAACGGACUCACAAGAUCAUCAAUACCUUGCUUCAUAUUAUGUUCCGAAGUUUUUUUGUGUCAUUAUUUCAAGACAACGUUUUAUUUAAAAAAGUUUUUGUUAAAUACAUUUAUAAAUGCUAUAUUUUUUAAAUAAAAUAUUACACAAAAUA